UGUGUGCGUAAGAGAGCAGAGGAGUUGGAAGUGGAAGGGCGUGCUGUUCGAAGGGCGAACGUGGUCGCGUCUGACUGAUUGUGUGGAAAGACGAAGGUUGGCGCACGGUGAUUCACCAUUGCAGUUAACAAGCAUCAACAGCAUUUCAGUGAGAACUAUACGAGAUGGUGUUGGAAGAAGGGGAAGGGUCCACAAGCAAAGGAGUCCACAGUGGGCUUGUGUUGUUCAGAAGGGAGUAUAUGGCUAAACGAGGUGAGAAGUGUAAAAACGCAAGAGAAGAAAAAAUUGAAGUGGGGAAGGCAUGGAGGGCCCUGAGUGAAGAAGAGAAAGAUAGGUAUAAUGAGAGGGCAAGGAAAACGAAGCCACAGAAAGGUGAGAAGAAGAAGUAUGAUGUUCCCUUGUACACCCGGUGCUCAUUGCCCGGAUUUCUAUCAUUGGCUGAAUAUGUGAAGAAGAACAGGCGGUUGAGGCAGAAAGUUCAGAGGAUGGGAUUUGGGAACUUGCUUAAUGUGAAUGUGAAGCAACUUCCACGUGAUCUACUUGUGUCAUUGUUGAGAUGCUAUGACCCACCAACGCAUUUUUUGACCAUUAGAGGGCAAGGGCAGGCAAUUGAGGCAAAAGAUGCGCAUGAGUUUCUAGGUGUACCUGACAGUGGGGAGGAAGUGAAAUCUGAUGUUAGUGAGGAUGACCCGGAAUACAAGAGGUUGAAGGACACUUAUUGGAAGGUUCCAUUUACCCAGAUACUGAAGAGGAUAUUAUCUGGGGAAGAAAGCGACAAUUUUGAGUUCCUAUUUAUGCUUUAUACAGUUGGAGCUUUUCUAUGUCCUGGGUCAAGCACAACUGUACAUAUACGUUUGUUGAAAGUGAUGCGUCACACGAUGAAUGGGUUUUGGAAAUAUGAUUGGUCAACGUACAUAAUCAAGAACCUGUGGAAGGAAAUGGGAGACUUUGUGAAGAUGACAAAGAAGAAGAAGAAAGGAACCUGCAAUGUUGGAGGGUGUCUUUAUUUGCUGCUGCUGUAUUUUGUUGAGCGUUUCCCGCUGGGAUUGUCUGUUGACCGGGGUUCAACAAGCGCCAUUGAAUAUUGGACCGAGGAGAAGAUAAAGGAGAGGGUGGAGAAAGAGAGAGGUAGCAGCAUGGGAAUAUUGCAUGGAAGCAGUGGCAGCGAGGCAUUGAAGGAGUUGAGGGCUCGUUUUGUGAAGAAGCUUGAAGAAAGCCAGAGGACGUUAAUGAAGGCUCUUGAUGAUGAGCUACUCAAAUUGCAGAUUGGAUUGAACGCCAAAGUUAAGGGGAUGGGGAAUGAGAAUGCCACUGCUAAAGAAGGGGUUGAAACAGUUGGUGAUGCAGCUGGUAACGAUGCUGAAGAAGCUGAUGAUGUUGACCGAGUGGUGGAGGAGAUUGCAAGAGAGGUUGCAGCGGGAAGUGCAGAUGAGGAACUUGAUGAGGAUGAAACCAGCAAAGGAGAUGAUGAGAAGGAUGAGGAUGAGGAACAACAUGACCUUCAUGACAGGGAAGUCAGUGAUGAUUACAUGGUUGAGGAGGUGGAAGAAGAGGGUGACCGUGAUGGUCAUGGAGAUGAUGAUAAGGAGGUUCGGGAUUCAGAUGAUGAGGGUGAGGAAGCUACACAUGUACUGACAAUGACCCCUACCAAUGUUCCUUUGCUGUUGGAUCGAGAAUGGGUGAGCAGUGACAGUGGGGAGGAAGGAGGGCCUGAAAAAUCGAUUGACCUUAGGAGGUCAACAAGGGCAAAGAGUUCCACAAUUAAAUCUCCGUGGAUAGAAUUCAAGGCAGCUUCGAGGACGAAGAGGCCAAAGGAGGAAAGGGACAUCUUUUUCACUUUAAUAUCCCGUAGACCCAAGGGAGAGGAAGAGGGGAAUAUGACUGUCAUCAAAAUGUUUGAUGAAGAUAUAGACCGACAACAGCUGUUUUCCCUGGGUGGAGUGAACAGAGUGCUUAAUUUGGUGUGCAAGGCAGUGAUGGAGGACAUGAAGGCAGAGUUGGGGCCAGGGAAGAGGCACAUUUUCGAUGUUGAUUUCAUGGUGAGGUUGCAUAAUUCCAAAUGCAAAUACCAAUGA